CCCAUCUCCUGGUCUGAUUGUCUGACAUCUGGCUGCACAAGACCCAGUCCCCAGUGGCUUCUUCCUCUGAAUGAAAAGCAGGUUUAUUUACUGGAGUUUUCUUGGCUCAGGUUAAAGGAUCAUUACCUUUUCUGGAUGAUAUGAAUUCACUGGAAUGAUAUUGGGUAUGCUCCUCUCCUCCCCUAACCCUGCACGCUGGCUACUAUUAGAAACAGUUUAUACAGAGCAACACCAAAGGGAUCCAGAUAUCUCUAUCCACAAGCCAAGCAUGCAGAGUAUUCAGCAACUCCAACAAUGAACAUUUGAAUUUGGUGACCCAUUCCCAGGUCUCCUCUAGCAACUCUUCAAUGGACCUCUGUCUGCUGUAGCAUGGGGCCACUCCACCUCCCCACAAAGCUGCUUUUACACUUUGCCCUUCUGAGCCUUGCUGAAUUUGCCGAGUUUACCAAGCCUUCAAAUCAUAGAAGUGACCUACAGGAGCCUUACUCAGGAGCCACAUAUACCAAUGCAACCAGUGGCUGCAAUAUCCAAAACCAGAAAGUAAAUCCUGUGCACCAUCAUCUCCAGCAAACCAGCUUUGUUUGGACAACGUAUGCAAAGGACGAGCAAUUUGGUAUUUUCAGAUUCGGCAUUAGAAUCAGCAAAAAUGGCAGACAGGUGGGCAAGACUGUAAGGGACACAAUAAUUCCUGCUGUACAAGUCAGAGGUAACGAGCAGGUAAAUGUGACAGUGGCUGCAGAGACCAACCAGACCGAGACCUCCCUGAUGAUCAUCUCAUGCCAGCUUGUUAAUCAGCAGAGUGGAACAAGGACCUUUUUCAUCCAUAAUGGAUGCCUUGAUGAUAAUAUCGCAGAAGAAGUAAGAAGAGAAGACAGUGAAGUCAUAUUCAGCUUGCGUCUCUCUGGUGUACAUCUAUCUAGUGGCACCUCAUCAGUACUGAUCACCUGUGAAGUAAAGCUGUGCCAGAGCACCAAUGAAUCACAACCCUGUCUCUCUAAAUGUCCUUUAACACAGCUGGUAAAAGAGCCAUUCAUCUCAGUGCGGGAGACAGGAAUUUACCAUGUCACUACAAAACUCAUCUAUGCAGCCAAGGAAUUAAGGCGAGCUGCUACCAAUUACACAGCAGUAGUUGUUGGACUCGUCCUUGGAGGCACCGUUGUGGCAGUGGUGGUGCUGCUGGUGAGAAAAUCAUUUUCUGGAGUUCGCCAUCGGAAUGCCACUGUGGAUCUCUAACCAAGGCACUUAACUUCUACAAGGAAUAGUGAUGAGUGACAUUUUUCUCCAGGUUUCCCUGUGAAAAAAAUGGCCAUAGACUCAUAACUGCAAAGCAAAAGGUUCACAGUAGCCGGGAAAAAACACCCAUUGACAUUGACGUUUCACAGAUUUUUGCCGUUUCUCAAAUUUUUCGGUCAAGCAACCGGGACAAAUUCCCUCAUCACUAAUAUGGAUCAUGUUACUUCUCCACAAGACAGAGCUCCUUACACAUUACAGAACCAUUGUUAAUGCAGGAUUUAUUAUGCUAUUACCCUUAUUUCUUAACAGUACCUGUUUUAUUGCCCUGAUACUACCAGUCAUUUACCCGAGGACAGAAAAAACUCAUCAUGUAAACAAUAUUAUGCCGGUGAGCUGUUCUAAACUUCAAAUGGACUGCAACCUAUUUUCCACUGGGAAAUGUAUUAAGGUUUGGAAAUAGGCUAGCACGUGGUCUAUUGAGCAUGUCAUGGAAAUUAUUUGUCUUGCGCGUGUAAAUAUGGAAUGGCUAAAAAUACUAUUUCCUCUUGUGGUGCUGAUCACAGAAAUGUUAAACAUUGCACUUAGCUUGCUGUUAAAGUUAAGAGCUGCUAGCUUAAUUCCAGAAACUAAAUGGCAGCCCCAGCGCUUUGCUUGGGACAUUAAUAUGGUGGGAAUAGUGCAAAUAGGUAUGGCCGUCCUCCAGGGCCACACCUUGAUUACCAUGACUUUAUAAACUCUCUUAGACACAUAAGCAAUGCCGCAUAUUCCUGAAUGCCAUGGUGCCUUUAUGUAAAACAAUGGCACUCCAAAUGCUCCUAACCACCCGCAGACACUUUGUUUCCUGAAUAGGAGCUAUAUUCAUAUGGGCCAACUGCCUCAAACAGUGUGUUUCCUUUCUCAAGUAAACAACAGGAAGAGACUGCCAGCAAAAAAUGGCUUUUGAGACAGCAGUCAACCCAUCCCCAAGAACUGUGUUGGAACGCUCAACUGCCAAGUUUUUUCCUUUGUCAAAGUACAUCAAAUUCACUCACAACUCACUCCAAGUGCAUUAAAUUGGAAUUGUGUGAUAGAGGCAAAAUGCGACUUUCUUUUGGUCUUGGAAACACAAACUUGUAAAUUGGAUGUCAAUAUUUCCAGGUUAAUCUCAAUGGGAAGAAAUGUCAGUUUUGACCAGGAAAGAUGAUCAAUCAAAAAGCCAUGUGUGCCAAUUAAGUGAGCGGUAAGUAGUAAUGCCAGAUAGCUUUGAAAAGAACAGAAACAUUAAAACAAGGUUUUACAAAAUCGGAUGGAGUAAAUCCACUUGAAUAUAAUACAAACCCCACUGAAGAUGAACAAAGGGAUACAUACACAACAUAUGAUGAAUGCAUUAAAUAAAAAAUAACUAAAUUAAAGCACAAAUGAGAUUACAGCAUUGCUGUCAUAAUAAAUGACACCAGAUAUCUAUGAUUAUUACUGUGGGCAUAUUCGCCAUAUUAGAACCCAUGGGUUGUGGCAUCUAGGGCAUAAAAUGGGGAGACUGAACAUAUGAGAUUUUAUGGGAAGUGACAGACAAUGAAACCUAAUUACAGGGGUGCUCAGGCUGGGAUUUGGUGGGUUCCCUUGGUGCAGCAGAUGCAGGUAGCCAUGUUAAAAAAAUACAUUUGUUGGUUUAAGAAAAAAAUGUAAAUGGUAGAGUGAAUUAUUUGCUACAGUAUGUAAUGUGUAAUUUAGAAUAUACCAUAAAAAUUAUGACAGUAUCCUUUUCAUUUUAGAGGAACAGCCACCUGAGCUUUUAGGCCUAACUAAGUUGGUUUGUUGUCCCCUUUGCAAGUGUCAAUUAACUGAACUUCUUAAAGUGCUCCUUAGUGAGUAAGGUCAGGAAUCCUGUAGUGCACUAGACUGGGCAUAUUGGGGAAAAAAAAGAAAGACACUUGUUUUGUUUAAAUAUGGAUUGAGUUGGGGACGGAUUCCAAACUUUGGCAAAUAUGGUUUUGGUACAGUUAUUAUCUCAGUAGGUUUUCAGACAUCUUUAUUCCAUCUUUAUAAAUUUUAAAUGGCAAAUAAAGUUAAAAAAUAUUUUGCCGUAUUUUGACUAUUCUUUUGUUCCAGACCAGCUGUGCCAAUUCCCAGCACUGUGUAGGCUGCAUCAGGCAGAAACUUACCAUAUAAUGUAUAGGCAACUUUACUCCUCCAAGUUCUGGAGUGCAUCGGAACUAGUACCCUAUACCCCAAACAUCACACCACUGAUGCAGAUUCAGUUUCCCUCUGCUCCAUCUGCAGGCACAUUAAUAGGGCUGUAAUAUGCCUGUCAGCGUCCACACAAAGCAGAUUUCAGCCACAACAUACACAUUUAUGCUUUUUCUGACCUAAAUCUGCUCCAAUCUAAACUUUAAGUAAAGUCAUAUUAUAUUUCCAAUCCCUCAGAGUACAACAAAACAAAUGAGCAGUGCAUUGAGAAGCUUCUGUAUAAACAAACCCCUUCCCAUCCUCCAGCCUUUUUGGCUUAAUGAUAAUAAACAACUCAUAAUACAGAAGGAUUCAGGCUACACUUGAGGCUACUCAGACUGUUUUAUAAACCUCAUGGUUUUUACAAUUACAAAACAAGAAUACAUUAAAAUUUGUGGAC